AUGAGAAGAUUUUUUGGCGGUUCGGCUAAGCCCCAGCAGCCCACCCCCACUCUUGCCGAAGCCAGUGCCUCGGUUGAUAAGCGAUGCGAGGCGCUCGAUGAAAGGAUAAAGAAGCUCGACGCCGAGUUGAUUCGGUACAGACAGCAGAUGCAGCGAACGCGCCCUGGUCCUGCACAAAAUGGCAUCAAACAGCGUGCGCUCAAGGUCAUGAAGCAAAAGAAAAUGUACGAGCAGCAGCGGGACCAGCUCAUGGGCCAGUCUUUCAACAUGGAGCAAGCCCAAAUGAUGACUCAGACCCUCCAGGACACCGUCACCAUUGUGCAAACGAUGAAGGACGCCAAGGUGGCCAUGCAGAAGCAAUUCAAGGACGUCAAAAUCGGCGACAUCGAGAAUCUCUGGGACGACAUGGAGGACCUCUACGAGACCUCAAACGAGGUGCAGGACAUCCUCUCCCGCUCUUACGGAGUGCCCGAAGAGUUCGACGAGGCCGACCUCGAAGAAGAGCUGGCGGCGUUGGGAGAGGAGGACUGGGGCCAGGAGGAGGCUUCUCCGUCCUACCUGCAGGCCGUGACGUCGCCCAUGGGCGGCGAGUCCCCCCUGCCCGCACCACCCGUGGGGCAGGGGCCGGGCGCCUCCGAUCCCUACGGGCUCCCCUCCGUACCGCAGGGCGAGCUCGCCAACUGGUAG